AUGUUAGCAACCCGUAACGCCAGAUUCGCAAUGUCGUUGGUUAUGUUGUUAAUCCUGGGGUUGGUCGUCGCUUGUGGCGGCGCCGCCUCAGAUGAUGCUGCAACCGCAACCGAUUCGGCCGGUGCCGAUGCACCCGCCGGCGCUGACGCGACUGUUCCACCUACCGCCACUCAACCACCUUCGGACGCCGCCGAAAUCGCGACCCCAGCCCCCUUGGCUGGCAAUGCUCCACUGAUGUUGAGAGCCCCGGAAGACGAUCCGAAACGCGGCGGUAUUCUGCAAUGGGCCGGUCUUUCAGACUCCCCCCAUUUCGAUAUGCACCAGUGUAAUACAGCGGCGUGCGCGCAGCCCCAGGGCCCCUUCUUCGACAACCUGCUGCGCUACAGCCCGUUCGACGGCGGCAAGGAAAUCCUGCCCGACCUCGCCUAUAACUGGGAGGUAUCAGACGAUGGUCUCAUCUAUACCUUCCAUCUUCGCGAUGGCGUGUUGUUCCACGAUGGCGCCGAACUCACUUCCGACGACAUCAAGGCCACCUUCGAUCGCAUCAUCUACCCGCCCGUGGGCAUGAUCUCACCGCGCCAAAGUAUUUUCGAGGCCGUUGCCGAGAUUCGGACGGUCGACCCGUUGACGGUUGAAUUCGAACUGAAAGCUCCCAGGGCUUUUCUACCAGCUGCAAUCGCAUCCGGUUGGAACGUUAUCGAACGCAAGCAGACCCUGGAUGACAACAACCUGGACGUAAAAAAGGUCAAGCCGGGCACGAUGGAACACCCGGGCACGGGCCCCUUUAUCCUGGAGGAUCACCAGGCAGGCGAGUUCUGGAAGUCGGAGAAGAACCCGAACUACUGGAAUCCUGACCUGCCGUACGUGGACGGGAUUCAGCACAACCAUCUGGCCUACGGACCAGCCACCGGCGCCGCUCUGAUUGCCGGACGCGUCGACUACGUGUACGGCGCCGGCGCCGAUUUGCGCGACGACAUCCGCCAAAAUUACGCCGACACCCACACCGUGGUGGUUUACCCAAUCCCCUCAAUCGGUGGAAUGUUCGUCAACCACGAGAGUGGUCCGUUGGGAGAUCCUCAAGUCCGCCGCGCCAUUUCC